UACUCCCUCGUUUCUAUCUCCCUGUCCUAGGAACUCAGUGCUGACCUUAUACCAGCCUUGACCUCAUUUCCACUCAUCUGUUGGCCAUGCCAAGUCAUUGCUGAGCAGGGUAGGCGGAGCCACACAGCAGGAAAAUUCAGCACAGAAUGUUGGGGAUAGGCUACAAAAACACCCCACCCACCCCAUACCCCUUUUGAGGGACCACACAGCAAAGGUUAGACCACUGCCCCAUCCCUAGUAUCCAGGUGCUUAGAAAAUGUUCUACAGAGCUGGGUGGCUCUAGCCUGUGGUCUCAAGGAGUAAUAGGCAAGAUGGAAGCCCACUCAGCUCAGCCCUGUGAACUGAGGGUCAGGCUAAGCAACCUCCUGGGCACCAGCAGCUGCCACCACUACUGCCUUUUCUCCUUUGACUCCUGUCUGAGCCCUUCCCCCAGCCAGCUGGCACACUAAAUUGGCCUCUAGGGGAGAGAAAGCCUGGCUAAGAUCCAGAUCCCAGCUCCUAGCAGCCUCCCUGUAGGCUGAUUUGUCAGUGAACCCCAAGCUUGUACUAGGGCGUUCUGGUCUCGACCUCCCCCACCCCCGUACAAGCCUGUUCCCUGCUUGGGUAGGCUGCUGGUCUAAGGAACCCUUUCUACUCUUUAUGUUGUGAAGCACGUGGCCGAGGCUGUUGAGAGGCCUGCAGCUAGGGAAGAAGGAGCACGAAGCAGCCCACUGUGUCCUCAGACCCUGGUCCCCAGGCAUGCGAGAGGACAGCUCCAAGCCUGGAGCAGGAUUAUGUGCGGCUUUGAAUAGUGGGGUCCCUGUCCAAGCACGGAUAGGCAGAGCCCAGGGGAGCGGCCUCGAAUCUCUGCAGCCCCGUCAACUAAUCGACACUCCGGAGCCCACAACGUCUCUAGAUUCCAAUAGCCAACUGAGACUUUAGUCCCACCCCGCUCCAGAGAGCCAACGGAGCACAAGACCGGCACCACUUCCGGUCAGGAAACUAGUUGGCGCCCGCAGUGCGUGGUGACGCACUUCCUCCCUAUAACGAACCCGGCUCAGGCGGGUUCCGACAGGCGGCGCUGGAGGCCUCAACCCUUUGCGACGGCCAGAGUGUUAUGGGACUCGAGGCCCCUUGGCUCCGCCUCUUCCUCUUUCGUCAAUUCCGGGUAGAUUUCCGUGUCCGCUCCGGUCUUCGGUGAUGUGCAUACGUAAAGGUUACACCUCCUGUUGGGCAUUGGUCCAUUGCCUUCUGGGUGUUGUAGUUCCUUAUGUACUAAAGUCGUGCCAUUCAGACAGCCGGAGACUCGGUUUCCCAGAAAGCCGAGCGAAAGUGGGCAGGAACCACGGCCCUAAUCCCGCGGUAGCCGCGGGACUCUACUGGGAAAGGCCGCUGGGUAUUGCAACGUGCACGGAAUGGUGAGCGUCGGCGUCCUUAGAACCGCGGGACUAGGCCAGUCCCCUGACGUCGCUUCCUCCGGACCUGGCUGGGUAGUCCUUGCGGUGGCGCUCCACAACUGUGCGCGUGUGGACACACUUUAGGCACUCAGCUUCGCGAGUCCGUCGCCCGCCUGCAUGACCGGGCAGCGCCUGACUGUGAACAGAGGCUCCUACCACGUAGUGGAGGUGAAAGAGGGGAGCCUGAGAGGACACGGAGGGGGCGUGGCCUAAGUACACCCCUUACGGCGAAACUUGAGCUGUUUCGCUACAGGUGUGGGUGGGUCCCAGGUCGGCAUGGCGGAGGCGGAGGCUGGCUUGGAGGCUGUGGAACACACCGAGGAUGACACCCUGCCUUCUGACACCGUCUCCCUCAGCGACUCGGACUCGGACCUCAGCCUACCUAGUGGUGCCGAGGUGCAAGUCUUGUCCCCGGAGAGGCUUUCCGGCGAAGCCCAGGAGGAUUCCGGCCCUGAUGACCCUCCCUCACCCCCCACGGGUGUCCCCACCACCCCAGUCCAGCCGUUCCACCUCCGAGGCAUGAGUUCCACCUUCUCCCAGCGCAGUCACAGCAUCUUUGAUUGUCUGGAGAGUGCAGCCCGGCAGGCACCGCCCUCUGCGUCCCAAACCAGUGUGACUGACAAUGGCAGCUUCAAACGGCCUGUGACUCCCCCAAGUCAGACUCCGGCAAGGAACCUGAGCAGAGUGCAUGAGAGCACUGGCCCAAUCAGGGUACCUCCUGUGCCGGAUUAUGUGUCACAUCCUGAGCGUUGGACCAAGUACAGUCUGGAAGAUGUGGCUGAAGUCAGUGAGCAGAAUAAUCGUGCUGCUGCUCUGGCCUUCCUGGGCUCUCGCAACCAGGCAUCCCCUACAGACUAUGUACCCUCCUUCAACCAGGAUCCCUCUAGCUGUGGGGAGGGGAGAGUGGUCUUUACCAAACCAGUACGAGGCAGUGAGACUAGGGCUGAGAGGAAGAGGAUCCUAAAGAAGGUGGAUGUGUCAAGUGCUGGGGGUGAGGCCUCUGUGGAGCUGGCCCAUCUGGCUGGGCCUGAGGCUGAGGAGUGGAGUGGCCACCAGGGACUGCAAGAGGUAAUGGUACCUUCAGGAACUGACCACCCUGGGUCCUCAUCAGACCCCACAGUGAUGGAGGCUGUUGGUUUCCAUGGCAGCAAGAAGCGGAGCAGAGAACAUUUCCGGAACAGGGACAGUAACCCUGAGGGGCCAGGGUCUGAGAGAGGCCCCUCAGUUUGACUACAGUGCUAUCUCUCCACCUCCUCACCUGUCCAGCUCAGGUGGGAGGGAAGCUGUGAUGUGCAACAGCCCUGGCUGGGAAUGUGGGACCUUGGAGGCCCUUGUGCCCCAGUGUCCUGGGGUGGACAAUAAAGGUUUGGGGUAUGUCUUGGA